GAAAACGGCAUCUAUAAUAUAAUGUAUGCCGAAAACAACAUUGUCCCCCGUCACAGAAAAAAAAGGCAAAAGCAGCACCGGGUUUACGAAUGCGUCAAUUAAUCUUCUACUCUUCAUCAGAUCAACCACUAUAAAAAAGGAAUGGCAUAGACCGAUCAUGAAAAAUACAACCAAUGAUUGAAGAACCGUAACGGUUUUUCAAUCCUUGGAAAAUUCAUUGCAAUGGUUAUCAACAAAGCAUUGCUAGCGGCGGUAACAUUGGCGACCAUAAUGAUCAUUAUGGCACGUCCUUCUGCCCAGGCAUCGGUUUACAUUACCAAUCACUUAUCCAAGAGAAUACUGAUUGUGCAUUGUCGAUCUAAAGACGACGACCUCGGAGCCCAUGCGGUUGCCGUUGGGGCAACCAUCCACUGGAGCUUCGGGCCGAAUAUGUUUGGCAGGACACUUUUCUGGUGCAAACUCGCGGUCGAAGACAAGCGUAUUCAUUUCGUGGCGUACGAAAAACGCAUCAGAACUUACGGGAACUGGUUUGUUUGUGACGACGGAGUUUAUGGGACACCCAAUCACCGUCCGGCCUUUCUCAAGGCUGCAUGGAAGCAGCGACCGUAACGCAAACGUCUUGUAAUGGGAUGACAUAAUAUGCAUUUGUUAACUUUUAUUAUGUUGUAACGUUCUGAGUUUUCGGUAGCAAAAAUUUCAUGAUAUAAUAUCGAAAUGAUAAAUGUGGUUUUCAAAUUUCAAUUGCACUUUUCUAAAUAACCUCUAUCUAGAGCCACAUGCCCAAAUGGCCUAAUGCUUGUGAUAUCUAUUGGCAUGUUCACGCAACUUUAUAUAUUGUUCGAUCCAUGUGUUCCUAAGAUGACAGGUCAAAUGUAUGUGUCAUAUGACGCUACAACUUCAGUGACAAUGUUUAAUUUCUUCUUGUAUCGAGUAUAUAUAUUGGCAUGUUCACGCAGUCAUAUUAUUUUUUCUUGUCUCAAUGAAUGUAGUUGAUUGAACCAAUCCUACCCGAAAAGCCAUGUUGAGCACUACCAUCGAAAAGGCGACAUAGAUCGAUCUUCAGCAAUUGGUGCCCGUAAGUAUUAAUUAAGAACCAUAAAUAUUGGUGACGGUGCAAGCAUAAUUUUUUGAGGAACUCCAGUGUGGUACUCUCAUCGAUUUCGAAAGAUCUCAUCUGAGGAAUCCGCUGAGCAUCCACAUUACUAAUAUUGAGCUGUUUUGAGAAUCUAUUUAGUUGGAGGGCGAGAGACCAACAAUUUACAGGGUUCAGGCAUAGCUAUACUUAUGAUGUCAUCAUAGGUUUUGUUUGUCAAUAUUAUUUACCUAAAGUCUUCAUGCAAAACCUCUAGACAUGAGAUAGCACAAACGUACGCUUAGAAUGUUAGUUACGUUAAUGGUAUUAUGAGUUAUAAUUGAACUUAUUUUAACAAUCCGAGUUAUUCGUCCAAAUUGAUUCUUUACAUGAUCUCAGAACCCUCACGCAUUGGGGUGCAAUUCAAGGUGACUUAACAAGGUCACCCAUCCUUGUUGUACUCCACACUGAGCACGUAUAACUUCUGAGUUCUCACAAGAACUCUUCCAUUUCACCCCAAAACGUGUCGUGUCAGUUAAGGUCGGGUUCUUGUUUAUUAACCAUAGAUCUCUCUCAUGCUUUGUCAAUUUGAUAUACUCUUUCCACCUUGUAACUAAAGGAUCGGAACUAAGAUGAGACAAUAUUUUAAGAUGAACCAAGAUGAGACAAUACUCUUUCCCGCUUUGGAAUGAUUUUGGCAUCGCCGGCAAAAAAAUUGAAAGGGUAACAAAGAGUUUCCUGCACCGGUAACUCUUGGAAAACGGCAUCAUCAGCGUAUGUCGAAAACGAUAACAUUUCCCGUCACAGAAUAACAAGCAAAAGCAGCACCGGCAUUUCCAAUACAUCAAUUAAUCUUCUACUCUUCAACACAUCAAGCACUAUAAAGAGGGAAUCGGGCAUUGAUCGAUCACACGAUAAUACCGUCGCCGGUAGCAUUGCUAUGGUUAUCAACAAGGCAUUGCUACCGGCGGUAGCAUUGGCGACCAUAAUGAUCAUCAUUAUGGCACGUCCUUCGGUCCAGGUAACGGUUAACAUUACCAAUCAAGUAACCAAAAAAAUACUGAUCGUGCAUUGUCGAUCCAAAGACGACGACCUCAGAGCCCAUGCGGUAGCCGUUGGGGCAAGCAUCCACUGGAGAUUCGUGCCGAAUCUCUCCGGCAACACACGUUUCCGGUGCAAACUCGCGGUUCAAGACAGGCGUAUCUCUUUCGUGGCGUACAAGGAAAGCAUCGUAACCUUCAGAGACUGGGUUGUUCGUGACGAUGGAGUUUAUGUGAAGCUCUUUGAUAGUCCGGCGUUUCUGAAGGCUGCAUGGACGCGACCCAGAAUAUAAGCGCAUGGAUUUGUCGUCUCAGCGGAGUGCCUUUACCAGGUGGCAUUGUAUCGAGAGGUCUUGUAAUGGAACGAUAUAAGAUGGAUGCAUUUUUUACUUUUAUUUUGUAACAAUUUGAAUUAUCGGGGACAAAUAAAUUCAUAAUAUAGUAUCAAAGUCUUA